CGUCUGGUGGACCACUUUGCGCAGCAGUUCAAUCGGGUCAACAACCGGGACAUGACGACGAACAGGCGCGCCCUUCGCCGGCUGCGAACCGCUUGCGAGCAGGCCAAGCGAGCCCUCUCCGCCGCCACCUGGGCCACAGUGGAGGUGGACGCGCUCUUCGAGGGCAUCGACUUCAGCGCCAAGAUCACCCGGGCUCGCUUUGAGGAGCUCUGCUCGGACCUCUUCGCCUCGACGCUGGAGCCGGUGGGCAGGGCGCUGGCCGACGCGAAGCUGGAGAAGAGCCAAAUUCAGGAGAUCAUUCUCGUCGGUGGCUCGACGCGCAUUCCCAAGGUGCAGAAGCUGCUGCAGGACUUCUUCAACGGAAAGGAGCUCAACCGGUCGAUCAACCCCGAUGAGGCGGUCGCCUACGGAGCGGCCGUCCAGGCGGCCAUUCUCGGCGGCGGCGUCGGUGACGCCUCCUCCCCCCUGGAGCUGACGGACAUCCUCCUCGUCGACGUGACGCCCCUGUCGCUGGGCAUCACCGUCAAGGGCGACCUGAUGGCGAACAUCAUUCCGCGGAACAGCGCCAUUCCGGCGCGCAUGACGAAGCCCUUUGCGACCUGUUUCGACAACCAGACGGCCAUCUGCAUCAAGGUGCUGGAGGGCGAACGGGCGCAGAUGAAGGACAACCACCUCCUCGGCGAGUUCAGGGUGGAGGGCAUUCCGCGGGCGCCGCGCAAGGAGGGCAAGGUGGACGUCACCUUCUUCCUCGACGCCAACGGCCUGCUGGAGGUGACGGCCACGGUGAAGAGCAACAACAAGCAGCGCAGCAUGCUGAUCAACAACAGCGACCGAAGUCGCCUCUCCGCCGAGCAGAUUGAGCGCAUGAUGGGCGAGGCGAGGCGCUUCAAGGCGGAGGAUGACCGCCAGCGGGAGCGAGUGAAGGCCUUCAACGGCCUCGAGGACUACGCCUACGAGCUGAAGGGCGCUCUGGAGGGAGUGGCCGGCGCCGCCGCCGCUGCUGCUGUCGCUGCUGGGGCGCGACUGUCUGCCAAGGAGCGAGGCGACGCCCUGCAGGCGGUGGCGCAGACCUUGGCCUGGCUGGGCCGAAACUCACUCGCCGACAAGGAGGAGAUUGACUACGAAAGGGACCAGCUGGAGGCGGCUUGCAAGACGGCGAUGGUCAAGCUGGGCAGGCGCUAG